AUGAAGCUAUUUUUCAUUUUGUUUAUACUACUAAAAGUGGCAUUUUGCCAAGAAAAAGACGAAAAAACUUAUAUUGUAGUAGACAUCCCCAGUGGAAAGGUGAAAGGAGAACAGAUCACGGCCGAAAAUGGACCGGUCAAUGUGUUUCGGGUAGAGUUUUAGCUGGUUAAAAUUUUGUCCUAGCCCUAAACCCCAUAGCCGCUAGCCCAUAGCCCUAGUCUAGAGCCCUAGUCCAGAGCCCUAGUCCAGAGCCCUAGCCCAGAGCCCUAGUCCAGAGCCCUAAUCCAGAGCCCUAGUCUAGAGCCCUAGUCCAGAGCCCUAGUCCACAGCCCUAGUCCAGAGCUCUAGUCUAGAGCCCUAGUCCAGAGCCCUAGCCCCUAGUCCCUACCCUACCCUACCCUACCCUACCCUACCCUACCCUACCCUACCCUGCCCUACCCUACUUUACCUUUCUACCCAUGCCUUACCCAUGACUUACUCAUGCCCUAACCUGUCAUACUGUACCCUACCUUACCGUACCUUUUAAAUUUCAAAGUUUUAAAUUUUUCGAAAUUUCAGGGAAUACCGUACGCCGAGCCACCAUUAGACAGCCGUCGCUUUUCAGCACCAAUCCCUAAGUUUGGCUGGGCGGAUACUUUCGAUGCGACAAGUUAUAAGUCAGCCUGUAGUCCGAAUGUCACCAUCGUUCCUCGAGCCAAUGAAGAACAGAGUGAGGACUGUCUCUAUGUUAAUGUAUAUGCUGAUGCUAAGUGUAAUGUAAGUUUUUUUUUCAAAAUUUGAAAUUUAGAAAAAAAUGGCAAGAACUUUGUUUACAAAACACAAAUUUUGAAAAACCGCAAGAACUUUCUUUACACUGACCUUUAAAACUUUUAAAACCCAUCAUUCGUAUAAAUUGUCACCCGCAGGCUGCAAAACAUAAAAGUUUGGAUUAACCGGAUAGAUAUGGCAAGAACUUUCUUUACAAAACAAAAAAUGGCAAGAACUUUCUUUACAAAACUUAAAUAUGCAUUCAUCGUAUAACUUGUCACCCGCAGGCUGCAAAACGCAAAUUUUUUGGGUUUUUUGCUUUAAAACCGCAAGAAUUUUCUUUACAAAACAAAAAAUGACAAGAACUUUCUUUACAAAAUAAAAAAUGGCAAGAACUUUCUUUACAACUCAUUUUUCAGACCACGAACCCAUGCCCCGUCGUAUUUUACGUCUACGGCGGGUCCAAUGUCUACUUAUCAGCGACCCGCUUCAAUGAAACUGACAUAAUCGAAAAGUUCGCUUCCCAUGGCAUGAUCUUCGUACUGCCCGCCUUUCGGCGUGGUAUUUUCGGAUUUCUGGAUUUGGGCGCUCCAUUUGACGAUGCUCCUUAUAAUGUGGGGGUUUAUGGUAAGUAUUAAUUUGUAAAAAAGGAGGAAAGCAGAUCGGGUAGUAUGGGGGAGUAGCUUAUUUUUUUUGUUUCGGGGGGGGGAGAAGGGGAGCGGUGGAAAAUUUUUUUAAAAGUUUUUUUUGAGGCGUUGGGGAGAGUAAAAACUUUUUUAGGGGAUGGGGUAAAAAAAUUUUAGAGAUGGAAGGGACUAAUUGUAAUCAUAAGAUACGUUAGGACGUGGGGUAAGGUAAAAAAAAUACUUUUUUUUUAAAAGAUUAUAGCAGAAAAUUUCUUUACAAAACAUGAAAAGUUGGAAAAAAAUUGUGUUUAUCGUAUAACUUGUCACCGGCAGGCUGCAGAACAGUGAUUUUUGUGAUUUUAUUUAAAAAUGGCAAGGGCGUACUUUAUGAAACACAAAUUUUGAAAAAACGCAAGAACUUUCUUUACAUUAGUUUUUUUUAAAUCUUUAAUCCCCUAUUCGUCGUAUAACUUGUCGCCCGCAGCCUGCAACACUCAAAAUUUCGGUUUAUUAGGAUAGAAAUGGCAAGAACUUUGGUUAAAAGCAAAAAAUUGCAAGAACUUUCUUUCCAACUCAAAAAAUGGCAACAACUUUCUUUCGAAUACAAAAAAUAGCAAUAACUUUCUUUCCAGACGUGAUAACGGCCCUCCGCUUUGUCCAACGUGAGCUACCGUCAAUUGGCGCCAAUAUACGCAAAAUUACCGGCUUUGGUCAUACAAGUGGUGCUGGUAUCUUAUCAUUGCUUUUGGUGUCACCAGCAGUCGAGGAUACGGCGUUCGAGCGGAUUGUACUAUGUAGUCCCAUGCCUACGUUGGGACCUCAUUUUAAUCAGCCCUUGAGCGAUCAGAGCCUCGACCGGUCGGGGGUGAGUAAAGCAACUUUGUUUACGGUUGAUUUUCGUUUAGUUUGCAAAAACUUUGUUUACACUCGAUUUCUCUUUUCAGUGUGCCAUCAAGAACAGCCGGCUGAUCCCGCUACCCGAGCGGCUUGAGUGUCUACGUGAGAUGCCAUUCAAAGAGUUGGUCAAAGCUUCGGUCGAAUCACAUUUCUUGUACAAACGAGUACUACCACAACAGGACGACUACCUGUUCCCGGCCAGUACUACUACUGUAAUGUUCAAGAAAUGGAGGGUAAGUGGGGUACUGUAGGUAGGGUAGGAUAGGGUAGGGUACAGUACGGUACAGUAAGAUAGGGCAGGGUAGAAAAAAUACCGUAAUUUUUAAAAACUACCGUAAUUCCAGCCCAUUCCAAUGCUGAUUACCGUAACCAAAGAAGAGAUGCCAUUGUCAGCCUUCACAGAUUCCUCUCUACUUGAAGCUUGUGUAGUGUUUUGUCGUAUGUUGGGCUACGUACGAGAAGCUACCGUAGCCGAAUGUCACACUAAGUACCGUGACAGUGCUGAACAUAUGGAAACGAUGGCCAAGGACGCCUUUCAUGCCGUGGCUUAUAGGUAAGAAACCCUACCGUAACCUAUCCUACAGUACCGUACUGUAACUUAUCGUACCCUACCGUACCCAACUCUACCAUAUCCUACCCUACAUUACACUACUCUACAUUAGAGUACCUUGCCCUACUUUGUCCUACCCUACAGUACUCAACCGUAACUUGCCGUACUUUACCCUACUCUACCGUACCUUACAGUACCCUGCCCUACCCUACAGUAGUCUACCCUACUUUAUUCUACCUUACUUUACCCUACUUUUUUUUUUGACUACAGUACCCCACCGCCAUUUUUUGAACAUUAUGGUAAUGGUACUAAACCUAUUCCAGGCUAGCCAUCAUGAACCAAAACACCGGAGGCAGUUCCUUCUUCUCCGUCUUCACCCAAGACAGUGCCAACUUCCACGCCGCUGACUUAAUGUACCUCCUCGGACUGCAUCGACGGUCGAUUAUGAACAAUCACACAAUUGAGAAUGACUAUGAAGACCAGUUAAUGAAUGAUUUCUACCCCGCCAUCUUCAGAAACUUCAUUUUAGGCAGCGAAACGCCAUUGGAAGGUAAGGGAAGUUAAGUGAAAAAGUGAAAUUUUAGGUAUAGCAGGGACUUUUUAAUUUUUUUUUCAACUUGACAUGGCGCAGUGCGUAUUUUACACUCAUUUUCUUAGAUUUGGCAAACUUUUAUAUAUGCAUGCCAAUUUAAAAUGGCAAAAAAAUCAAUUUUUGGUGGAAAAGUUUGUUUUUUGACCAGAAAAUGCCAUUUUUAAUCAUAACCCUGUUCCAAAUUUGAGAAAAAGUUUAAUGUACUUUAAAGAACAUUCAAUUCUGAGCAUUUCUGUACCAAAAACACCUUUAUUUACUUUAAGAAUGGCAUUUUAUAUCUAAAAUAAGUCGUUUAGUCCAAGCCGAAAAUCCGUUUUUAAUAGAUUCACAGACCAAAAUUUGAAAUUUUGCUUUUAGAUUUAAAUAAAAUUUUAAUUUACACUUUUUUUUGAUAGCAAGUUUGAUAUAUCAAAACUUUGUAGUUUUUAAAAAUGGCAUUUUAUACCCAAAAGGGGCCGUUUUUUAGCCAAAAAUCUCAUUUUACAUAUGAGCUUAAUAGAAAUUUAAGAAAAAAUUGAGAUAAAUCGAAAGAAAAUUCAAUUUUACACAUUUUUGUAUGAAAAACUACCUUUAUAUUGUUUAAAAAUGGCAUUUUAUACCCAAAUAAACAUCACCCACUUCCGAUGUCUCGCCUCCUUUCCUCAAAAGAGGCGAACGAAGGCAAGUUCGCAGCGUGUUUUUAUAGCCGAAUGGUUAGCGCGUUUGCUUUCCAUUCGAAAGCCCUGGGGUUCGAAGCCCGUGCGCCGUGAAGAACAAAACGAGCCAAUUCUUUGCAGAAAGGUGUUGAUGACACAAUGAUAGGACGGAGCGCUUUUUGCGACCGGUCGAUUUUGAACUUUUUCAUAUUUUUUUACCUUCCUAAUAUUGAAAAAUGGCAUUUCAACUACACUUUUGUCAAUUUCAGACCAAAUUUCCCUAUUUUUUAGGCUGGAGACCAGUCAAUGAACAAGGUCGCAACUAUUUAUCGACCGCUUUUCGUACCAUUGGUGGAGAAAACAAUCUUACCGUGAUCAGAAGGCCUUUACUGCAUGUUGAGGAGACUUUCAAUCAAAAUGCAAUCGAAUUCUGGCUACGACAUUUGGCACAAAUUGAAGCUCAAGCCAACUUGGGGGACAAUCAGGUGAGAUUUUGGAAAGAAAGUUCUUGCGGUUUUUUGAAAAUUACGAUUUGGAAAGAAAGUUCUUGCCAUUUUUAUAAUUUUUAUUCUGGAAAGAAAGUUCUUGCGGUUUUAAAGCCAAAUUUAGGUUACGCAGCCUGCGGGCGACAUGAUAUACGAUGGAUAGGUUUUAAAAGUUUCUAAGCCUAAUGUAAAGAAAGUCCUUGCGGUUUUUCAAAAGCUAUGUUUUGUAAAGAAAGUUCUUGCCAUUUUAAAGCCGAUUCAUAAAAAUUAAUGCUCCACAGCCUGCGGGUGACAAGUUAUACCACAAAACCUGUUUUUUUCAGCCAAUAAUGCCGGAAAGCCCGGAAAUGCCAGUUUUACCCCUGCCUCGAGGCGAAAAAGACCCCCAGCUCAGUAUUUUAUUCUGGGUCAUCCUGGCCAUAGCGGCUGUGCUGGCAAUCGCCGUGGUUAUAUUGGUGAUGCCAUGCUUUUCGCAGCACCGAGAUUAUGACGAAUAA